UUUGAACAUAAUUCGAAAGCACAGCUCUCGAGAUAACUAUGGCGCCAUAAUUCUUUUGUAGAGUUGAAACACUAGGGUUAGAAUGAAGUACAAAUGGUAGGAGAAGAAGAAAGUUAAGAGCAUUCGUUUAGAGGACAAGAUUUCGAAACCCAAUAAGCAGAGGUUGAGUAGCUAGCUCUACUUAAAAUUCCUACUUAACUAGGGUUUAUCACAUUGAAAAGAAAAUCUUGGACUCCACAUUCACAGGCGGAACUGCUUAGAGUUUUAAAUUUAGACGUGAAGGUUUCGAAAGACGGCAGGAGAGAGCUCGUGGAAAAUUUUCUCAUAAUCAAUGGCACUGUCAACACGUUUCUUGCAUCGUCUUCCGUUAAUCUCAUUUUCUCUCUACCGUUCAUCUCCCGCCUUUUUAAUCCUUCGAAAAUGUCAGUCCCAGCGCAGACUGUUCGCCGUGCGCUCUCAGACUGCUCGCUUCUUACACGUCUCUUCUGGUGAAAAUGAACUCGGUAGACGCAUGAAAAUUCAGGCGACGAGCAUGGAAGAAGUUGCGGAGGAUGGUGAUGGCGGUGAAGAGCCGCCGGAAAAUGGAGCUUUGUUUGAACGGCCACUGGAUGAGAGAAUUGUGGCUGUUGAGCUUCACAAAGAGGCAACUGACUCGUAUUUGGCGUAUGCGAUGUCUGUUUUGUUUGGACGCGCUUUGCCCGACGUAAGGGAUGGAUUGAAACCUGUUCAUCGUCGAAUACUAUUUGCAAUGCAUGAACUGGGUCUUUCUUCAAGAAGACCCUACAAGAAAUGUGCAAGAGUAGUGGGAGAGGUUCUAGGAAAGUUUCAUCCCCAUGGAGACACUGCGGUUUACGAUGCUCUGGUUCGAAUGGCACAGGGAUUCUCUUUGCGAUCUCCUCUAAUUAGUGGCCAUGGAAAUUUUGGAUCAGUUGAUGCAGAUCCUCCUGCUGCCAUGCGAUAUACAGAAGCAAGAUUAGAAGCAUUUUCUGAGGCCACGCUUCUGGCAGACCUGGAAUUUGAUACGGUAGAUUUUGUGGCAAAUUUUGAUGGUUCACAGAUGGAGCCAUCCUUGCUACCUGCAAGGCUUCCACAUGUUCUGCUUAAUGGUGCAUCAGGAAUAGCUGUUGGCAUGGCAACCAAUAUACCUCCUCACAAUCUUAGAGAGGUUACAGAUGCAUUGAUUGCUCUUAUCCACAAUCCUGCUGCCACGGUCCAACAACUGAUGGAAUACAUGCCUGGGCCUGAUUUCCCAACUGGUGGAAAAAUCAUGGGGGACAUUGGGAUUUUAGAAGCAUAUAGAACAGGUCGAGGAAGCUUGAUAGUAAGAGGAAAGACAAAUGUUGAGCUGCUUAACAAAAAGACUAAUAUCUCUGCCAUCAUUAUUACUGAGCUCCCUUAUCAGACUAACAAGGCAUCAUUGGUGGAAAAAAUUGCCCAGCUAGUUGAUGAUAAGGAGUUAGAAGGUAUUAGUAGUAUUCGAGAUGAGAGUGAUCGUACAGGAAUGCGGGUUGUAUUAGAGUUGAAAAGAGGUGUAGAACCAUCUAUUAUCUUAAAUAAUCUUUAUAAGAGCACGGCACUUCAAUCAAGCUUUAGCUGUAACAUGGUGGGAAUUCUGGGUGGACGUCCUAAACUGAUGGGAUUAAAAGAUAUGCUUGAGGCUUUCCUAGAAUUUAGAUGCUCCGUAGUUGAAAGACGUGCAAAGUUUCUUUUGAAAGUGGCUGAAGAAAGAGAUCAUAUUGUGAAGGGCAUUUUAAUAGGCUUGGGCAACCUGGACCGAAUCAUCAGUCUUAUUAGGGAAUCUCGAAGUCAUUCUGAAACAAUCACUGCUCUCAAGGAAGUUACAGGAUAUAGUCUAUCGGAAAAACAAGCUGAGGCAAUCUUAAAUAUCACUCUUAGAAAGCUUACAUCACUUGAGCGAAACAAGUUUAUGGAGGAGCACAAAUCACUGAGUGGAGAAAUCACAAACUUAAUAGAGCUUUUAGGAGACCGAAAUAGAAUUUUACAGGUUAUAGAAAAAGAAGCACUGGAAUUGAAGGAGAAGUUUGGAACACCCAGAAGAUCAGUAUUAGAGGAGGGAGUAAGUGGAGAACUAGAUGAACUCGAUGUAAUUCCAAAUGAGGAAGUUCUUUUGGCCCUCAGCAAGAAGGGUUAUAUGAAGCGCAUGAAGCCUGACGUAUUCAACCUACAAAACCGUGGAACUGUUGGAAAAUCAAUAGGGAAAUUGAAGCAAGACGAUUCUAUGUCAGAAUUUGUCAUGUGCCGUGCCCAUGAUCAUGUACUCUAUUUCAGUAACAAGGGUACAGCGUACGCUGCACGUGCUUUCCGAGUACCAGAGUGCUCACGAACUGCUACAGGAAUCCCACUUUUGCGGAUACUAUCAUUAUCCCCGGAGGAGAAAAUAACUUCUAUCAUACCAGUCAGUGAAUUCAGGGCAGAUCAAUAUCUUGUGAUGUUAACUGCCAAAGGAUAUAUUAAGAGAGUCUCCUUAGAUGUUUUUUCAUCUAUCAGAUCCUCAGGAAUUAUUGCAAUCCAACUGGUACCUGGGGACGAGCUUAAAUGGGCAAGAUGCUGUGCUGCGGGUGACCUUAUUGCUGUGGGUUCCCAAAAUGGGAAACUUGUUUUGAGUUACUGUGAGAGGAUCCGAAAAACGAGUAGAACGUCAAGGGGAUCGCUGUCAAUGAGAUUGAAGGGGGAAGACAAACUUGCGGCUAUGGAUAUUGUACCAGUUUCUUUGCAGCAAAGGCUACAAGACAUUUUACAGAGCUCAGAACAUCAAGGGAAAAUUAUAAGUGCACCAUGGCUUCUCCUUGUGUCAGAGAAUGGAUAUGGAAAGCGUGUACCUUUAAGUAAAUUUCGAGCUACAACUCUUAGGUGUAUUGGAGUGAUGGGCUACAAGCUGCCAGCUGAAGAUCGUGUUGCUGCAUUAUUUGUUGUUGGAUUUUCCCUGUCAGAUGAUGGUGAAAGUGAUGAACAAGUUGCUCUUGUGAGCCAUAGUGGUACUUUGAACAGAAUCAUGAUCAGAGAUAUCCGAAUCUGUAGCCAAUCUGCGAGGGGAGUGAGACUUAUGAGAUUGGAAGAAGGUGGCAAGAUUCAAUCAGCCUCUAUAUUGGCAGCUUCUGAAGUCAACACAGAUGAUUUUCAAGAUUUGGAACUUCAAGAUGUUUCUUCUUAGCUAUUGAUUUUUCAAGUUUUCUAAUGCAGGCCAUUCAAAUCAAAACACUUGCAAUUUUGACCAUUUCCAACCUUUCAUGGUGGUUUAAUCUCAGUUGAAUUCAACUUUUUGUGAUGCAAAUUUUCUGUAAUAUUGUAAAAAGGGAAAGAGUUAUCCGGUUUGCAUAUAAGGUGACAAGAUAUAGUGUAAAGUUUAAACUGAUUUUUUUUUGGAAUAUGACAGAACCAGGCUCCAGCUCAUUUGAAAUGUAUCCUGAAACAUUAUACGCGAGCAAGUAAUUUGGCAGUUGGAAGAAAGAAUCACAAAGCAAUUUUGACUGCAUUACA